AUGGAAGGAAUCAAGGUGAAAUUAACUGUUGAGCCGGAAUGCCAGCCAAAAUUCUUAAAGGCCCGGCCCCUGCCAUAUGCACUUAAACCCAAGGUAGAGGCGAGCUUAACUGAACUCGUGGAGAAUAGUGUGCUCGAACCAGUAAGCGUCAGCAAGUGGGCAACACCUAUUGUUCCAGUUCUAAAGAAAGAUGGAGGCUUAAGAAUUUGCGGGGGCUUUAAAGUUACUGUAAAUCCAGUGUUGUCUGCAGAACAAUACCCCUUACCUCACAUUAAUGACCUCUUUGCGGGACUGACUGGAGGGCAAAAAUUCAGUAAAAUCAAUCUCAACCAGGCAUAUCUGCAAAUGCAUGAUGAGGAACAAUCCAGAGAACUUCUCACUAUCAACACACACAAGGGCCUAUUUCGGGAUGAGCGUUUACCGUUCGGAAUUACUUCGGCUCCAUCCCUGUUUCAGCGAGCGAUGGACCAGAUUCUGGCAGGGCUUCCGGGAGUAGUGUGCUACUUAGAUGACAUUCUUGUGACCGGCACUGACGACGAGUCACACUUGCAGCAUCUGGAUGCUACCCUCAAGAGACUGAAAGAGUACGGAUUAAGAGUGCGGAAGGACAAAUGUGAAUUUUUCCAGUCUGCAGUCGAGUAUCUGGGCCAUGUCUCUCACUGA